AUGGAGGAGCUGGAAGCUGGAGAUCUAUUACCAUGCAAGAUUUGUGGAAGGACAUUCUUUCCAACAGCACUGAAAAAGCAUUCACCCAUUUGCCAAAAAACUGCUACAAGGAAAAGGAAGGCAUUUGAUUCCAGCAGACAGAGAGCAGAAGGAACUGAUAUUUCCACAGUAAAACCUCUGAAACCACGGCCAGAACCCCCCAAAAAACAAUCCAAUUGGAGACGAAAGCAUGAGGAAUUUAUAGCAACUAUACGAGCAGCCAAAGGACUAGAUCAGACUCUCAAAGAGGGUGGAAAACUUCCUCCUCCUCCUCCACCUUCAUAUGAUCCAGAUUACAUUCAGUGCCCAUAUUGCCAGAGAAGAUUUAAUGAAAAUGCAGCUGACCGGCACAUCAGUUUCUGCAAGGAACAGGCAGCACGUAUUACUAAUAAAGGAAAAUUGACUGCUGAUGCAAAAGGGAAGCUGCCUGCCCGAACACAGUACAAGCCUGCUACUGUUAGAAAGGCACCUUCUACAGGAUCAACACCGUCCUCUUCACGCUUACCACAGCCAAGUAAUGUCAGCAAAACUGUUGUAGGUACGCCUACGAGUAAAGUGUUAUCUACAGGUGGGCCUUCUGGAAGCAAAAUUCAGACCUUAUCUCCAGCUCAUAAAAAUUCAGUGAGUGUGACAAGCCCACAAGCAGGUAAGACGGACAAGUUAGGCCCACCACUACGAACUGGAAGAGAUGUACAAAGGUUGUAUGACAGUGAUACAAAAACAGACAGUACCAUCAAAAGACCAAAUGAGUUGUUGCCCAUUAACAAAGGCAGCACCAUGAAAACUCGAAUAUCAACUCCUCCAAAUAUGGCAAAAAACACAGCCACAGGUGCUUUAGUAAACAAAAGGAAAAUCUAUAAUGCAGACAGCUACUCAAGCAGGUCUGAUGGUAAAAUUGGGUAUGAUAGUGGAGACUAUUCAUCCUCAGUUAAUGGAGGAAGUACAAAAAGCAGUGAUGAAAAUUCACCUGUACAGUUAUCAAAAUUUUGCCAUGAAUGUGGAACCAGGUACCCUGUGGAAUGGGCAAAAUUCUGCUGUGAAUGUGGAAUUCGAAGAAUGGUUGUUUGAAUGCAUUCUUAAAAGCUAACAAAACAAAAAGGAAGAAAUGUAGCGCUUCGGUUGCCUAUCACAGCAUGAAAUGCUAGAGCACUACUUCCAGUUAUAGUUCGUGCUGCAAAUACGCUGAAAUACCAUGUUUUAGUAACUGAGUGCAAUCCCUUUGGUUACAUAAUUAUUUAUAUAUAAAUAUAUAUACUGUAUAUAAAAGUAACAGGUAUCUAAAACUGUGCCAUUCAAGGACACUCUAAUCUCCGGAAAAUAUUUUAAGCUGAAAUAGACAUGUGUUUGGUAAUUUAGCAAAUAGAAAUGGAUCACUUUGUAUAAUACUAGGAUGUAAAAUAUUCUAGCUAUGAAACACUUGGGCUAAAAAAAAUGCUUCUGAGAAGGAAUCACAUAUACUUACUGGACACUUACUUAGAAACUGUAUUUUAAGGAAGUAUGAAAACUGCACGAGCAGCUCUUAACAACUUUCUAAUUAAAAUUUUAAAAGAUUGUCUUUGGUUAAAGAGAUUAAAUAUACUAUUCUAAAGAGAUUCCAUGGCUAUUUACUGGGUGUGCUUCUAAAAGAUUUGUUAAAGCAAAUGAACUAAAGUGCUAUGUGAACAUAUUGUUCACUUAUGCAAAGAAAAAUUGGAUUUCUGUAUAUCUCCCAACAUCACCUUUUCAGAUAAGAACCAGUGAAGUUUUACAUAUCGAAGCUAGCAAUAUUGAACCAGGCAUUUAAAAAAAAAAAAAAAACAUGUUUUUGAUAAUAUCAUACUUUCCUUUCCAUAAUUGUCCUUGAGUCUUAUCCAACAGCUCCACUCCCAAAGAUGUCUACAAGUUCCUACUCCCUCCACUUCUUUUAUAAAAGGAAAGAUGAAAUAAUUUACUCCAUAAAUAAGCUUUUAUUAGAUAUGUGUUGAGAUUUUCAUAAAUGUUUUCUAAUAGAACUUGUGGAUAGCUUUAUAGGAUGAUUAUCAUAGAGGAUGAAAAUAAAUUGUACAUUAAUUUUUAAAACAGCCCUUAUAAUGUAUGUACCUGAUAUUGUAGGUUUUGAUAGAAGUCAUCACAUCCUUUAUUCUUAUCCCUGUACAAUAGGCACAGCCAUGUAUAUAUUGUGGCACAAUUAUACUUCAUGGGAUAAUAUGUGAAUAUUGAAUUAUUUUGUCUACAGUUACUGCAUUCUCCUGGGCUGUGUACUUCAGCCACUGAAGUUAAUAGCAGAACUCUCAUUGACUUCACAUUGACUUAACUUUAAAAUUUGUAACAUGGCAAAUAGGGCAUGUUUGAAGGGCAGUUUAAAUAACCAGGCUGAGUUUCUUAAUCUGUGUCUAAAUUUAAAUGUUUUUGUUAUGUGACAUUUGUUUAAAGUAUUUGUUUUUCCCUGGGAAAUCAAACAUGAAAGAAUCUAAUUUUGCCUUUCCCAAAUUACUUGUGCUAUAUCUAGCCCAAAAUAGUUACUUUUAAUUCAUUGCUGCCACUAUUAUAGCAUGAGUAUGAUUUAUGUUCCGGUGGUAUAUUGAAGCUUUCUGCCACAUAUGGUAUAACACUGCUGUAUUUUCAAUUCAUGUUCUUCAGAGGUACUAGUCAUAUUUUGGAGACUACAGAUAAUGGGGCCAACAACAAAUGAAAUGUUUGAUAUUCAUUAUGUACAUACUCAUCUCUGAUUUUUGUGGAUCUCUUUAGGGACUUAAUUAAUUCUGUCAUUUUGUGGGCCCAGACUAUUAUUGAUAUUCUGUGAUGAUCAGUUCAGUGGUACUGAAUUGUUAUGUAAUUUUUCUGAGAAAUUAAGUGCUUCUAGGAAUUGCCCCUUUAUAUGGUGUAUUGACAUUUUAUGCUAAUUCUAAAAUAAAGCCACUGAGCUGCCCGUGUUUAGUGUGUAAGAGUGAAUAACUGUUACAUGUGGUGAUGUUAAAUAGGUAGACUUGAUGGAUUUUAACAAAAUUUGGAUGCUAAAAAUAAAGAUGUAUAGCAUUUUACUUUUGGCAGUUUGAUAUAUACACAUGGGAAUUACAGUUCUGCAUUCCUUGUGGGGACAAACCCCAAUGGAAAAUCUUCCCUAGAAUCAUAUUAAUGUCUGUUGUCCUUUUGUGAGCCGUCUACUCUCGUGUGAAUUUCACCUCACUGAAGUUGUUGGCAGUGCCCAGAGGAUAUAAGAAUGGGACAAAUAUGGAUUCAUCCAAGAGAGACUGAAGGUUCUGGAGACCCACUAUCUGAUCUCUUUAGUUUCUGUUCUUGUAUUUGUUGGCAAAUAAAACGUUAUUUUAAAAAAUAAACAAAUGAUAGCAGCCCAUAACUCGUGAGCCAACUGCUAAUUACAACGUGUGCCUAUAGUAUAAAGGGAAAGUUUAGCAAGGAAACAGAUUAGUUUCAUGAUUCUGAGGAUUUUAUUGUGAAUAAUGGGAGAAGUGAAGGAACUAUCUACAAAAUUACAAAAAACCUUUAAAGUCUGUCCUUUUGAAACCAUACAUUCUUUUCCAAUUCAAUGCAUACAAUAUAUGGAUUUAUGGUAACUGCUUUUUGAGCUGUUGCAAAAUGCAGUGCUUGUAAGUCAGGUUUCAGAAAAUUCUCGGGAAGUUAAGCACCAUUUUUUCCUUUUAAUUGAUAUUUGUGUGUAUUCUAAAUUUAAUUUAGCAUUACAGCUCAGUAAAUUUGAACCUAGAUAACUAUUGACAAAAUGUAACACUUCCUAACAUGCAUGUUUGAAUAAAGACAUUGAAAAAGAUAUUAAUAAAGACAUGGAAAACUCUAGCAUAAGAUUUGGUUAUCCAGUUUGUUGCUGCAUACUGAGGCUAUAGUCCAUGUGUUUAUAUUUAUCAAAAUUGUUUUAUUAGGUAAUAUUACAGAUUUUUGAAGUAUCUAUUGCUAUGUAGAAAGGACUGCAUUGCACACUGUAGCAGCACAGACUGCUGCCUUUCCAACCAAAUGAUUGUUAGCAAACAAAAAUGCAAUAGUUUUCAUAAUACUCAUUAAAGAAGCUGUUUAAACAGAAUAUGAAACAUGUAACAAGGAAUGUGGUUAAAUACAAUAUAAAAAGCAAGAAAUAAGCCUGGUGGUUGAAGAGAGAUUAGUGAAGGUCUUGGAGGCUUAGUGUAUAUCUCUCCAAAUAUAUGUGUAUGCAUAUGUCCUGCUUGAACUCAAAAAAGUCAUUAUCCAAAAUUUAAUGUAGCUAAGUUAAUAAUUUUUAAUUAAAAUGGAGAGAGGACUAGAGGAGGAUUAUGCACCCUAAAACUGCUGAAUAACAAUAUGCACAGGCUGUAUAUUUAAAACAUCUCCAAAUAAUUCUGUUGUAACUCCAUGGGUACAUGUAUUACUUUCGCCUUUAUAACUUUGAUGACUUUUACUGUCUACCAUAUAUAUUGUGCUCUUGUAAAGGUUCUCUCAUUCUGUAGGAGGGCAUCAGUGGAAGGAUUUCUCCAUGAACAUCCAGCUCUGAGGUGUAGGUUUAUGGUACGUUCCUGCAUGAAGAUGCUGCCAUGCCAUUCUUCCUUGUCCUGAAGAUGUUGAGUGCUGCCUCUUUUGAGAGUUUAGAUUAUGGAUGUUAAAAUCUAUUUAAGUAACUGUGUAACUGCUGAAAAUGUCAGCGGUUAGAGGGUGUGGGGCGGCUCCGCAGGAGCCAGUGUGCACAGGGAGUCAGCUUUUUAAGCUGACUUUCUGCACAUACUGGCUCCUGCCUGCCCUCCCCCACCCCCCACCCCCCUUUGUUGCUGCCUCUUCUACAGAGGCAGUAGUGCGGGGUGGCAGGUGGCUGCCUGGGAACCAGUGUGUACUGGGAGCCUGUGUGUAACUGAAGGCUCAUUGGUUAAUCGUGUACACAGUUACACUGCCACAUUCCUAGUUUAGACUCUCAGCACCUAGUACUAGGGCCAUUAGAAAAUCAUUUCUGUGCCAGAGAAAGCAGGUAUCAAUCAGACUUAGUGUCUUAUCUGCCCAUCUGCCUCUCUAUUUCCGUUUACUUUAUCAACUCCUUGUUCUAGCUUACAUUUAUCAUUACAAAUGAACCUUUCAGGCAGAUAUUUUGAAAGGGAUUUGGAUUCCCCAGUACAUUUCCUUGGGUGGCUUUGAAAAAAUCUGAGUCUUCAAGAUUUGUUGCCCAGUAAUAAGGCCCAGCAUAGUGUUCGGAGCUCUCCAUGGUGCUCUGGUACUGAAUCUGCUCCUUCAGUACAUCUAGUAAUCAGUCAUGCAUUGCAUAAGCUACAGGGAAGGGAAGAGAGUUUUGACUCAAAAUGCAUUUCAGCAACAGCCCCAACGUUAGAACCUCAUGGAGAGUCUGUUACUGAAAAGAAGCAGCUCAGUGCUGACGGGGGCAGGGAGGAAUAGGUAAAGACAACUUUGAUCAUGAUGGAGAUAGAAAAACAGAAUCUCUCUGUAGUAGCUUAAAUACUUCCUGCUUGCAUCCCUCAUGACUAGUCUACUGAAUACAAAAUCAAAUAAUGUUGACUGAAAACUAUAAUUUCUAGGGGAUUUUUGUAGCAAUCAGUCAACAUUUGAGUCUGUAUUGUAUGAGGAAUAAAACACUCCUGGUAGAAGCUCCUGGUUUUGCUAAACAGUAAAACUUAAAUAGGAACAAUGUUUUGAGCUUGUAACUGAGAGUCAGCAUUGAAAAUGAAUGUACUUUAAAUGGCAGUUUAGGAAAUUGAGUGGAUUUUCUUUGCCUGCCCCAAAAAAGAAUUGCUUGCCUGGGGCGAGUGAGUAGAAUUUUUCAAGACUCAUUUAUCAUUAAUCUUGGGGUAUGUAUCUCUUAAAUUCAAAACAUAAUGGAGUACAGAAUUCUAUUGCAUUUCAAUAAGCAUAGCUGAUUCCAAACUAAAUUAGCCUAUGGUACGUUGGUUUUUUUUUUAAUUAUAAGAUAAAUCAUGGACUUACGUUAGCCCUAUCUUUAUAUAGUAAUAAAUUAUUAGCAGUGGUUUGUAAAUUAGCACUCAUUUAGCUCCUUGGUAUUUUCUUCCUAGAUGUACAUUGCACAAUGUGAGGGUUGACUAGUAAAUAUUUCCAGAUGAAAAAUUAGUUUACUUGUUUAUUGUUUAUAAAUAUUAAAGUGCAAACCUGUUACCAUGCUUAUGGACACUAAAUAGAACAACAUGUCACAAGAAAUUGAAAAAUUUAGAUUUUCCCUUUACAAAUAUGAACAGUCUUCAUUUGAUAUAUAUUAAUUCAAAAGAAAAUUAUUUUCCCUCAUGUAAGUAAUAGCCUUUGAGACUUAAUCAGAUGAGUUUUGAAGUUUCAUUCAAUUCAAAAUGACUAAUGUAAAUGUAGUUAUAGAAUAAGAGCAGUCUGUGCACCAUUUCUGGUAUGGGCUUUUGGCAGAAGUAGUGCGUGAUUUGCAAAUGGUGAAAAAUCCAGUAGGUACUUUUUGUCUCCAAUGCCACUCCACACUGCUGCCUCUGAAUCAGUCCUCUUUCAGGCACUGGCCCUGGCUGUGGGGUGUGUGUGUGUGUGUGUGUGUGUUUCAUAUGUGUGUCUUCAUAAGCCAAAGUACCCAUUUAUGUAUUUUAUGCCAAUGUUUCACCUGUUUUAUAUAAAUGGUUCGUUAAUGUAUCUGAUAUUAUUAGAUAUCAUUAUUGUGUCUGUCAUUGUUUCUGCCUGGCACUUGAAUUCAAUGAGUAUUCUCAACUUUAUCACUAUUAACAGUCUGUUUUCUGUUAAAUAGUUUGAAUUUUUUGAUCACUUAUAUGCUGUUUGAAUUCUAAAGUGUCAAUUUGCAAAUGUACUUUGUAAAUAGCUCACGCAAUGCAAUUUUUCCAAUUAUUACCAAUAAAGCAGUUAUGCCAGAUAAAACACUCUUGUAUGCUUCUG